CCACCCCCCUACUACCUGUUCUGCAGCUGCUGUAAGCAGAACAAAAGUGGCAAACCACAAUGAAGAAGCCGUUCAGUGAUCGCAAUUUCCAUUCACUCAGACACAACAUGACCUGCUUCAGGUUUAUAGAGCUCCUGCUUUUCCUCCUCUUCAGCAAUGUCUACAGUGAGGAGUCAGAACCCAUUUUCAAGGCAGAGCGCGAAGUUAUCCAGCUGGGUAAUUGUUUCGCAAUGGAUUAUAUUAUUGUUUAUAGAUCUGCUUCAGAGGGAGACCAACUGCUUGGCAACUCUUCAAACAAGAACAUGCCCAACACACCACCUGCAGACCUACAGGGUCGUACCCACAUCAGUGACGAUCCCAGCCUGCUCGGGUUUCAAAUCAGUAACCUCACUCUCUUGGACUCUGGGAUUUAUAGGAGGGAAUGUUGGAAGAACCAGACGAUAAUCAGCCAGAAGACACAGCAGCUCACUGUGUGUAAGGAGCAGAUUGAAUCUGAAGACAUAAUUGUAAGUAAAGACGGUAAAGGGACUGAGAUCUUGUGCAAUAACAAUGCUAUUGGCUCUGAGGGAACAUCUGUACGCUGGUACCAUGAAAUGUAUCCGUCUUAUGAGCCCACACUCUUCCUGGAUAGCAGUGUUUCGCUGAAGCCUCUGGUGAAGGAGCUUGCAGGUGUGGUAGAUGUAAGAGACAACGGUGCAUUGCUUGUGUUCAACAACAUGUUACAGAAAACCACACACUUUAAGUGUGUUGUGAUGAAAGGUAUCAGCUGUCUUAGUUUCCAAACCAUGCACCCACCAGAUGAGAGUGAAAGCAAGGACAUUUUUGUCUCACUGGGGGACAGAGUGCUUCUAAAUUGUUCUAUUGAUGAGGGUGACCAGGUGUGGGAAACUCCACUGGGAAGAAUUGAUGGUAACACGAGGGGCAGUCCAAUGUACAUAUCAGCUGAUGACUUCUCACUGGUUAUACCUGCCAUCUUUGCAGACUACAUUGGAGACUAUUCAUGCAUCUCCCCUUCACGUGAGAUGCAUUAUGCAUUGUUUCUUUGCCCCAGCGAAUCUGUUGUUUAUCAAGUUGUUGGUCAAGGUGAAAAUGUCUUGCUCGUGUGCAAUAUUAACCAAGAUGAUCCAAAAAGAGUGCAGUGGCACCGCUAUGGACUUACAGGGCACUAUGAGAUCAUCCACAACUCGCAGGACAAAACUGUUCCCAUCCCUAAAGAUCUACGAGGCAGAGUGACUCUAUCUGAGGAUGGGACUUUGCUGACCAUCAACGACCUGAAGGUGAAGGAUGGAGGGAAGUACUUGUGUGCUGUUGUUAAAACCCUGGAUUUCGCAGGGAAUUAUACGGAUUAUGAUACAGAAUAUGAUGACAAAGGUACUGAAGAAGAUGAAAUGGACAACGAGUGGACAGAGUCUCUGGAAUGUAUUUUUAAACAGGAGAUCACUUUGAAUUUACCCAGCAGUCCUCCACCACCGCAUAUGCCGUAUGUUGUGGUGGCAGUAGUGGUGCUGCUGCUGGUGGUAGCUGUAGUGAUUGUCACAGUGAUAGUAAUAAAGAAAAAAGCAAGGCCUUUGCCACUGCAGAGAGAAGCAACAUUGUAUGUAAAAAUGGAUAUGGAUCCUGGCUGUACUGAGAAGAUGAUUGAUUGAUUGAUUGAUUGAUUGAUUGAUUGAUUAUACUUUAUUCAUCACGAGGAAAAUUUGGUUAAGGCUGUUAGCUGGCUAAGUUAACUCUAUCUGAACGAUAUUGCUUAAUAGCCUUUGUAAAACAGCUCCAAGGUGGCUUAAUAUCCACCUGACACAUGCUGUGCUGUAGAAUCUGUACAUAAAUCAAAAGUGUUGCUAUUUUCACCUGUUGUAUACCAUGAGAAGACUGUUUUUAGACAUUUUUUCAGUUUAUGCCUUUAUCUUUCCAAUUUCUUCCUAACUAGAAAUGACUAUGGAUAUCACACACCGCAAUCCGAUAAAAUAUCGUUUCUUUCAAACAUAAUUUUGACUUAUGACUGAAAUCAUCAAAGACCCUUUUGAUAGAAAGUCCUCUUCUAGCUUUAAUGCUAAAUCCAAUGUAAAAAAAAAAUCAAGGUGCUAGUAUAACACAAUAAUAUUGUAGCUAUCUAAUUUUUUAAUUGUCAGAUGACCUGAAAAAUUUAUUGUGGCAGUGAUGUGAUAUCAAACAAUGAAUAAAGUCAGUGAGGACACUCUUCUGUCAGUAGAUCAUUUGUUUUGAAUCAUACAGAGAGCAACAGCCCAGCAAACCGAGUUGAAACCCUGACAUCAUUUCCCUGGUAAAAAAUAACCUAUACAAAAAAAAAAAACCCCAAACAAACAAGUUUUUGAGAAGAACAAAAAAGUGAAGGAACAGCUUCAAUUCAGUUCAGUUCAAUUCAAAUACUUUAUUGCCCCUCAAAGGGAAAUUAGGUUAGCAGCAAGGCAACAAGAAGAGUAAACAAAACAAUAAUAAAAAGCCUCAAUUGCACAGUUAUUUGUAAUUGAAGAGACAGGUCGCAGUAGGGAUAAAGGAAACUAAUAGGAAAAAUAAGCUAAUAGGAAAAUAUAUAUCUAGCGUAUUAUAUGCAUCAUAUGAUUAAAACAUACAUUACCCUUCCGUCUCACAACAUGAGUCCCUGCUUCUUUUAAGCGUGCAAUCCUUCACGUUUUGGUUUCUGUCACCCCCGCAACUGUUCAGUCACGUUGUUAUCACCUCAAAAAACUUCUGUUGUGGGUUUUUGUUUUUCUUAUUCAACUUUCAUUUCAUUUUUAAGAUCUAUUUCUGUUGUGUUUUAUUCAACGUCCACUGUGUUUUGCUUGCUUUUGCUGUAUUUUUCUAUUUGAUGUGUUUUCUUAAGUUGCAGGGGAUUUGACCUCUCUGGGCCACCUUAUUAAUGGCUCCUAAAGCAUUAUUAUUAUUAUUAUUUUAAAUAGGCUAAAAAAUAGCAGUCUUUGUACAUGGAGGAAACAUUGUGUGGCUGCCUUUUCACAGCUAUGUUUUAACCAGAUCAGUUGUUUUUUUGUUGUUGUUUUUUAAAAGACAAAUGCAUCCAAUUCCUUCCUCUCAAAAAUCUAAUUGACAUUUCUAACUUUGUAAGAGACAGUCUGAAUACAUAACUAUACUACGUGGAUUAAGGUUAGCAUGCAUCUGUCUCUUGUGCAAAUUUUGCAGUUUUAUCAAAACUAGUUUUGACUUAGGAGAUGACAUCUGGGUUUUAACCAUGUUUGCUAGAAGAGGUCUAAAGAGACCUUUUGUUUUUACAAUGUAAGAAUAUUGAUCAGAUCAUCCCGAUGAAAGAAUUAAAGGCAACUAAUUUGUUGCCUACAAGACUAGUAGCACUAUAGUCUGAAACAAUCCAUAAUAAAUAUAAUAAUCAUGAUAUACUACUAAUAAGUAUUGACACAACACAGCAAGCACCUGUUUCUGGAAGUGAAAAGUGUUUACUUUAGUGUAAUGUUUCCAUUAGUGGUCAAGCGCUAUGUUGGCUGCAUUUUGUCUGGAGCACACCCACCACCACCUAACCCCUCCCACCCCCAAAAGACAUUUAGUAAACAAUUAAGCAAACACAAGUAAACUGCAAUAAGUUACAGGUAGUAAUAAAAUAAACGUACUCUUUUGUGCCACGUCCAAAACCUACACUGCUAUUCUUGAAAACGCAGCUGUUUCUAUGCAUUUGGACCUUUUGUCCACAUGUAAACUGCGUUUCGAAUCACUGAAAACGGAGAUUUUCUAAAACUCGCGUGAUGUCACCGCAGGGGGCGUGACCGCCGAGGCGCCAUUUUAGCAGGCCAAACAAAGGGCUAAAGGAGCGAAAGCAUCAGCAAUGGAUCGCACUUGCUGUGUUAUCGGUUGUAAUAUUAGAUUGCACAAUCGGGAAGGAAAUAAGCUGGAAAAUGGGCUCUCUUUUUAUCCUUUUCCACCUGGAAGCAACAUGGGGGAGCUUAUGUAUCGGAUGUUACCAAAAGAAGGCAUCUAGCCUGAAUAGCAGCUGUGAGACGAGCUGAUAUCCAGUUCUCUACCAUCCCCAGAUAUCUGUUGGUGUGCUCCAGACAUUUUCAUUCAGGUAAGAUCUAAAUAAGUUCAUAUUACUCUUUAUAGCCUAUUAGUUUUAUUUUCAAUGCACUCUGAGGUCAUAGCAAAUUAGAACAAACAUCCUAAUGAGUGAUUUUGUGGAUAUACGUUCUAUUUAUAGAGUUGCUAAUUGUUUUUUAUUAUUGCAGGCAAACCAGCCUAUGAAAUGGAUGAAACAAAUCCUGACUGGGUUCCUACACAUGGGGCACUACCAAAUCCCUGCUUCAAACUACAUGCUACAUACCACCAUGCCAAUCAGAUUACUUCUUCCAUGUGAGGGCGAAUAUGUGCCCAAGUGUUGUAGUAAAACCAGGAAAAAUGUUUUUGUUAAAUACUCUUAAAAGUCUUGUGCUGUAUAUGUAGUGAUAAGUUUUCAAAAGAGACAGUAAAUAAGAGAAUGCUAGUAGUGGCUGAUAUUAUUUAAAUGCUGUCAUAAUUUUAUGUGAACAUUUUGUCAUUUGUAAACUAUAAACAACAAGGAUUCUACAUUGUUACUGAUGUGAGGUUCUACAACAGGGGUCACCAACACGGUGCCCGCGGGCACCAGGUCGCCCGCAAGGACCACAUGAGUCGCCUGCGGGCCUGUUCUAAAAAUAGCUCACCAUAACAACUUACCAGUAAGCUGCAUCUAUUUUUAUUUUUUCUUGCUAUUUUUUUUAAUCACAAUUGCAUUGGCGUUAAUUUGUUAGAGAUAAUAUAUAAAAAAAAUGUUUAUUAUUAAAUAUUAGAUCAUGAUCUAAUAUUUAGUG